AUGCGUUUCCUCGCCACCUCGCUGGUCCUCGUCGGCCUCGUCGCCGUCCCUGCGCUAUCUGCUCCCCGUUCUCGGAGACGCAGCGCCUCGUCCUCGGCUUCGGCUUCGGUGCCCGCAUCGGCCGCCGUCGGUGUCGCCGCCAGCCCCCAACCGACGGUGACGGUGACGGUGACGGUGACCGCCCCCGCCCCCGCCGCUGCUUCACCCUCCUCAUCGUCCUCAGGCGCCGCCGCCGCCGCCGGCUCCUCGCCCUCGUCCUCCUCCUCAUCCCCCUCCUCACCGGCGACGUACGGCAACGGCUCGUUCAAGAACACGACGACGUCGACGCGUGGCCAGAACGUGCUCUACUGGGGUCAGAACGGUGGAGGCGCGCGUGAGAACAACGACCUCAGCUCCUACUGCACCGACUCGUCGGGUGUCGACAUCGUCAUCCUAUCCUUCCUCUACCAGUAUGGCAACGGCGUCCUCGCCCCCGGCGGCACCAUCGGUCAGUCCUGCACCAUCAGCAACGGCCAGGGCCAGGGCUGCGAUGAGCUCGCCAAGGCCAUCGACGUCUGCAAGUCGCGCGGCGUCAAGGUCCUCCUCUCCCUCGGCGGCGCCGUCGGCACCUACGGGCUCGGCUCCCAGCAGGAGGCCGAGGCCAUCGGCCAGAGCCUCUGGGACAGCUACGGAAAGAGCGGCGGCGGCGGCGGCGGCGGCGGCAACGGCACCUACGGGGCCGCCGGUCGACCCUUUGGCCAGACCUUUGUCGACGGCUGGGACUUUGACAUUGAGAGCAACAACGGCAACAGCUUCUACCCCUACCUCAUCGCCAAGCUGCGGGCCAACUUCGCGUCGGACCCGAGCAGCACCUACUACAUCACGGGCGCGCCCCAGUGCCCGCUGCCGGAGCCCAACAUGAGCGGCAUGAUCGGCGGCGCCCAGUUCGACUACCUCUUCGUCCAGUUCUACAACAACCCGAGCUGCUCCGUCGACGGCACCAUCAACUGGGACGGCUGGAAGGGCCACCUCGCCGGCACGCCCUCGGCCGGCGCCAAGAUCUUCAUCGGCGUGCCCGCCGCACCCCUCGGCGCGACCGGCACCGAUUCGGGCGCCAAGUACUACCUCGAUCCCUCGCGGCUCGCGACGCUCGUCAACCAGCACAAGUCCGACGCUGCCUUUGGCGGCGUCAUGAUGUGGGCGGCCGCCUUUUCGGAUGCCAACGUCAACAACGGCUGCACCUACGCCCAGCAGGCGAAGCGCAUACUGACCACGGGUGCCACCUGCUAG